UUUGAGUUCGAACAAAACAAAAGUGCAUUAAACCAAAUGCCACGAUCGGUUUUGUAGUUACCGAUACUAGACGAACGGAUAUCCUCCAGACGCCCUCCAAACACAGUCGCAUGAUUACUAGACCCCCUAUAAAAUCAAGCGAGGUGGGCGCUGAAACUCCAGGCCACGCCAUCGGAGAGUGAAAUUCGGUAGAAGAAUAUCAGCAAUUCAGAACAAUGUCUUUUGCUCUGCUCGCCGUAGCGGCUGUGCUGGUUCUUCAUGGCACUUAUGCAAGCACGACUUACCCAGAACAGAAUCCAGCGCUUCAAGAGUAUCAAAAUGAAGGACCGUGUUUUCCCCUCGAAGAGACAUGGUACGUGGCGUACAGGAAUUACGAGACGGAUCCAAUUUUUGGCGGUUCGGCUAAAUGUGUCAGAUUCAGCGAGACUGAUCCCGGGCAAAAUGGCGCUUACCCAGUGAUUGUCGAGUACGAACCAAACUUUUCAGCUGAUCUAACAGUGACCCUCAGCUCAUCACCAGGAUAUACACUGAAAAAUAUUUUGAAUUUUCAGCCUCAAGGUCAGAGUAUGUCGGUGCCGGCUUACUCAGCGUACAAAGACGUGAAGAAGUGUGACGUACUCCGAACGACCUACGCAGGGGAUGAUGCCUGUGUCCUCCUCGUCCCAAAGAGCCAGCUGGGACAUCACGAAAUGUGCUGUGACUUCAUCUUUGACCUACUCUGCGGCACCGCACCGAAGUAUAACAUUUCCGACAGCAGCUGUCCGUAGAAGGCAUGAUGCAGCUUUAUACAGCGUCUUUGUUGCCGACAAGUUAAACGCCGUUUAUGCAUGGGAAUGGUUGCUGGUGAUAGAAACGUAUCCCAGUUGUAAGUAAAUAAAAAAAUAUUAUUGGCAUA